CCUUUGUUCUUAACUUGUGCUUUGGUUUUCUCUCUCACCAUAUAAAUAUUUAAACAUUCGAAAGUCCUCGCGGAUCGUGAGUGAAUUCUGAUAUCCCAGAGACGUCGAAGAUGAAGAUUUUCGUUAAAACACUCAAAGGCACUAACUUCGACAUCGAAGUGAAACCUGAAGACACGGUUGUUGAUGUGAAAAAGAAGAUAGAAACAGUUCAAGGACAGGAUGUUUAUCCUGCUGCACAACAGAUGCUUAUUUUUCAGGGGAAAGUUCUCAAAGACGACACUACAUUGGAAGAGAACAAAGUAACUGAAAAUAGUUUUGUUGUGAUUAUGGUAACUAAGACAAAGAAACCUUCUGGCGAGAGUUCAACUACAUCAACUGCACCUACAACUAAGUCUGCUCAAACAAGUACUCCAACCCCAGCACCAGCCCCAGCUACAGUUCUUGAGACUUCUGCACCAGCAUCAGCACUGCCUGCAUCCACACCUGCUCCUACUCCUAGUCCUGCUGUUGCUCCUGCACCUGUCACAUCAGUUGCUGCUAUGUCAGAGUCCAAUGUCUAUGGCCAAGCUGCAUCUAAUCUGGUUGCAGGGAAUAACCUGGAGGGAGCAAUCCAGCAAAUUCUCGAUAUGGGUGGAGGUACCUGGGAUAGAGAUACUGUUGUCCGUGCUCUCCGUGCUGCAUACAAUAACCCAGAGAGAGCUGUUGAAUAUUUGUAUUCUGGUAUCCCUGAGCAAGCUGAAGCUCCAUCUGUUACCCCUGUCCCUGUUAGUACACAAGCUGCAAACUCUCCUACCCAGGCAUCACAACCAACACCUGCUUCUGCAAGUGGACCUAAUGCAAACCCUUUAGACCUCUUUCCACAGGGGCUUCCUGACAUGGGCUCAGGUGCAGCUGGGGCAGGAACUCUUGAAUUUUUACGUAAUAGUCCACAGUUUCAAGUCUUGCGAGCUAUGGUGCAGGCCAACCCACAUUUAUUGCAGCCCAUGCUUCAAGAGUUGGGGAAACAAAACCCUGCUUUAGUGAGGCUUAUUCAGGAGCAUCAGGCUGACUUCCUUGGGCUUGUCAAUGAACCUAUAGAAGGUGGUGAGGGUAAUAUUGGGGCACAGCUUUCUGGAGCAAUUCCUCAGGCAAUAACUGUCACGCCUGAAGAGCGUGAAGCAAUAGAAAGGCUUGAAGCAAUGGGCUUCGAUCGGGAAACAGUAUUGGAGGUGUUUUUUGCCUGCAAUAAGAAUGAGGAACUGGCUGCCAACUAUCUUCUGGACCACAUGCACGAGUUUGAGGAUUGAUUCAAGGUGAUCAGGAUGGUCACUCCUUUCUUUCUUUGAAACCGAACAUUUUUCUUUUAUCUAUAUUUGCCUUUGCUCCUUUUUUCUUUUUCCUUUUUCCCCUGUCUCCUUGACUUCAUUUGUUAAUCAAGUUUGGCCUUUACAACAAUGGAGUGUCUGGAGUGGACAGGUAAUGCAAAAUGUGUAAUAUUCUUCAGUUUCUUCCUUGUAGGAUUAUGCAAAUACCCGCAUGCAUAGUUGUUAAAUUCCUUUUUGCCUA